GUUGACUGUGCUCGCACUCGAAAACACUCCUAAGCAGCAUCUAGGACAUCCGUCUGCAAGAACAGCAGUUUUCGCUGCAGGCCGUAUUAGUGCGUGUGGAAGACUGUACAAUAAGCUCCCGGUUCGGCGCUCCGGCCUGGACUUAUCGAGUUGAGGUAUAAACAGUGCCGAGAGAUCAUCCGCCAGCCAUGUCCUCGAAUCCGACCGUCACCGAUUCAAUCUCCAGCGACGGCAAGACUGCGCCGUCGACAAAUCAGCCUCCUCCCGCCCGCGAACAGUCAAAGAAAGGCCGCAAAGCUGCCACCAGGAAACCUCAACCCAAGAAACAAACCCAGGCACACCGCUCCGAUCCAAGUCCACCUCCGGAGGAUCAUUGUACGUCCAACAACCCCUGUCCAUACUUGUCCUCUCAUUUCAUCCAUCUUUCCUCUGAUUCUCAAUCAGCAUCUCGUCUCUCAAACGUGCGGGACCAGCAACAUCCGCCUCAGCCUCGCUUUACUGCUCACCUGCAGCAGCCCCUUCUCCCUGGGCCGCCAACUUAUCCCCUCUUGACCCCAGGUUAUCCUAUGAACGGCCAUCCACAUCCUUACGGUACAUCCCCAUUUCCUCAUCCUACUACCCCCGUCAAUGGUCAACAUCCUCAUGGCGCAAUUCCACAAUACCCCUACGCGGUUCAUCACCCGUCGUACGCUCAAUAUCCUGCGUACCCCCAAUAUUCCCCGACUCCGGCGAUGAUGAUGUACAAUGCUCCUGGUCCAAGUCAACCUGAACCUCCUCGCAUUGACGCGUCUUCGCCGACUGCGAGUACAACUGGCAAACGGAAAAGUUCGACUGAUGAUGGUGGGCCAAGCGGCAGUCAGGCGGCCAGCCCGAAUAAUACAACGGAGCCCAAGAAGCGUACAAAAACGCAGCGCGCGUGUGACAGUUGUCGUGCGCGCAAGAUCAGAUGUGAUGUACUACAAGAUUCCGACCCGCCAAAGUGUCAGCACUGUAACCAGUAUGGAUUCGAAUGCACUUUCUUCCUGCCGAUAUCAGAAACUCGGUUCAAAAAGAAGAAGUUGGAAGAGGAGGCCGCCGCCGCCGCAGACAAAGAAGCCGAACGGAGUACACAUUCUCCGCACGUUGAACAAUCGAAGAACGGUGAGGUCAAGGUGUACGGGCCCACGUCUGUGCCAUUCCUGCUGCAUUCUGCGGCUAUGAUUUCGUCACGGACAUAUGAAACAUACGAUAUGCGCUACCACCACACUUGGAAUGUGAGCGCCAACGGAGAUGGCAUCAUCCAAGUGAAUGAACCACAACAGGGCGAACUGGAGCUCUCGCCUCAAAAACCCGAGGAGCUGCAAAUAGAACGUGAUGUGGUUGAGAAGCUACUAAACGCGUACUUUGCAGAUGUUGCACCUUUGUUGCCUGUUGUGAAAAAGGCAGAGUUCCUUGCGACAAAUCCACCCCCUGCAAUAUUGCUGUACUCAAUGUGCUUGGUUGCCGCUACUCGAAGAGAAGUCCCGCAAACCGUGUUCGACAAGAUCCGGUAUGCGGUGAACAGUUUGAUCAAAGCAGAGGACGUCCUAUCGACCGCAUCCAUUGUGAAUGUGCAGACCCUCUUGAUUCUUUCCAUGUCUGGCGAUUGUCACUCGCAGUCUGUUCCCAGUGCCCUGUCAGCUUUGUGGAUACGAUUAGGAGCAGGAAUUCGAAUGGCGCAAGAUCUUGGGUUGCAUCGUGCUGAAGCAGUCAAGCAAAACAUUGAACUUCGACGUCGGCUCUGGGGAAUCUGUGUAAUUCACGAUAGAUGGAUAAGUGUGACCUACGGUCACCCCCAUAUGAUCGACGUGCAAGACUGUGAUGCUCGCCUACCGUCUUCUGGUGAUCCACAAGAUUUGUACCUAGACGAGCUAGUGCGAUUGAGCGUUAUCCUCGGUCGAGUGCAGAAGGCCAUUUAUACACCUGCCGGCCUGAAUGCCACCAACGAUGAAGCGCUCUAUUCGCUACUAAACGACCUGGAGUCUUGGAAGAAGAACCUUCCCGAUGAUCUUCAGUUUCACGGCCCCGGCAGUCCUCGGAACGCGGGGAUAUUGUUCAUCUUCUAUGCCUCCGUGAACAUGUUGUUCUGGCGCGUGUUCAUGCGGAUAUCGUACUCGUGCCCUGCCCACCUCAAGUUUUGUCUGACAGUCGAGAAAUGGACUCAGCUUGUUCAAAUGACUGGCGAUGCCAUUGAUUGGCUCGAUGCACAUGAUCGCGUGUACGAUAUCUGGCUGCUUGUCGCUUAUUGCGCAACGUCCUGUGCUUUGGUUCAAUACCAUACAUGGGCUCGUCGCCACGACCCGGAGGCGCAGGCUAAGCUCAAGAAACUCCGGUCCUGUGUCAGAAAAUGGGAGGGUGCAUUAUCUCCUGACCACAUGUCAGCACGACGAAAGACCGCUGAGAUCAUCUCUCUGCUAUGGGAGGCUACCCAGGGCCCCCAGCAGUCCCUCGAAGCGCCUGCGUUGAACCCAACCAGUGGCGUCAAGGGGAAACAGCCCACAGGGUCAUUGGUGUUUACCAAAGACCCGACUAGACCUGGAGGUGGCGUAUUCGUCGCGCGAGAGAGACCGAGUGACGACUUGGUGAGAGAGUUGCCAGAGGGCACCAUCAUUUCUGCUUCAGGUGAGGCGAUCACGGCAGCGGUCUCUCAUGUUCGAACAACGAAUGACGACGUAUCGAUGUCUCUUCCUUCCCCUGAUAUGUCUUCGUCCUCUGCCGCUGUCGUUGGUGCUAAUUGGUCUCCUUGGUCGUCUGCGUCUCCAGCUGGUGGCGAUGGUGCUACUUCGGCUUCUCAGCAACAGCAACAGGCAUCCAUGGUCAACGUCACACCGAUUGGUGGAAGUGCUGCCGGGAAUUACCAAAAUAUGAACCCGGCAUUGAACGCGGCGGUAUCGGGAGGACUAGAAAACGUUCAGAUUGUGAACAUGCUUGAUUAUGCGCCUCAGGGAACUUCAGUGCAGCAGUUCCAGGUGACAGAUCAAGUGUCGGAUCCGGGCUUCUUUACCAGCAUACCCUCGAGUAUGUACGAUUACAACCAAUGGGAAUCCUUCUUUUCUCGGUUCGGCUCCAACUUGAGUACUUUCCCCUCGCAGCAGGCUCAGCGACAGUCAAACAUGGCUGGUUCACCUCAAACGAGCACAGCGCAAUACCCGCAGUACCCUUCAUCUGGUGGAGGGCCUUCGAAUAGUGGGAUGGGGAGCGGGAUGUAGUAUUAGGCGUGGUUAUGGUCGAUUGGAUCUGAGUUUGGUUUGAUUCUCGGCUUGUCAUGCAUCUGUUUUACCUUAUAAUAAUAGAGAUACUGCUCGUAGUUUCCCCCCUUUUUCCCUCCGUCGUCGCUUGCUCGUUUUCUGUGACUGUCUCAGAUUUAUCGGACCUUGUGAAUUAGUUAUCGUGCUUUGUCGACUUUUUGAAUUCGUCUCUCUAGUACAUACAGAUCAUUUUGAUGCGCAUCUGAAGGAAUCUUUUUGUCGUGAACG